CCUGCUUGCAUGUGUUGCCUUUUUCCUUUUGUGGCUUGCAGUGGCGUUGAGCUAAACUCUAGAGCACGCCUCUGUGGUGGUUUUAGGGUGCACUAAUAUCCUGAAUGAAUUGUUUUUGGAAGCAAACACAGUCCAUAUUAUUGACUGUCUGGAGAGACUCUUGCAGUAACUGAGAGGACAGGAGACCAUGAGUGUUUAGAGCCUUUAAAGUCUCAGUGCUGUCCCACAGCCAUCUGCUGGAAUGUGUUGUGGUGGAGCACAGGGAUGUUCUUCAGAGGUGGGCUUGCUGGAAAUUUGAAGCCAUGUGGGGACAUCAGGAUGCUGGAUGUGUGACAUUUCUACUCCUUUUGAGUGCCCCUUUCAGGCAUUUCAGACAACACCCUGGCUCCUUCAUGUUAAUAUCCACAGCUUCAUCUGUGCUGUCUGCACAGGUUGUUUGUCUGAGUUCUGGAGAAGAGCAUCCCAUGGAGGAGCUGGAGAGGCUUCUGUUGCUGGCUGAUUUGCUCUGGCACCUGAUGUGCGUGCCAGCAGCCAUCUCGUCAGGGGGACGUGGACGUCACUGUCACCAUAGAGACAGCAAGGAGGAUUUGGUUUCAAAAGGUGAAGAGAAGCUGGGAAGUAGGAAGGAGGAAGCAUUUUUUGCUGCAGGUCUGAGAAAGGGCAGGCUGGCAUGGAGAAAGAGGUCUCACUGUCGAGGCAGCAAAGCUUUCUGUGGGUCCUCAAAAGGCAGUCCGAAGUUCCAGCAGAAGGCUCUGAAGCAAACUAAGCAGAAGAAAUCCAAGUCGGCUGAAUUUCUGAUGGUAAAAGAAGAGAGAGCAGCAACAGAAGGCAUUGAAAAUCCAGCUUUUAACAUCAGCAGCACAGAUCUUUCAGCCUAUCAGCCUUCAGAAGAGAAAGUUAUUAGACAUGACAAGCCAGAUAGCACCCUUGCAGCUCACCAACAAAAACUCGGGCUGCAAGCCCAUGCUGAACCAAGAGGAAAUGAAUACAGCAGAAAUUACUUUGACCCAUUGAUGGGUGAGGAAAUAAACCCAAGGCAGUGUGGGAUGGAGGUCAGUGAGGAAGAUCCUGUGAAAUUUGAUGAGCAAAUCCUUUACUCUAAACUGAUGAAGCUUCUAGAUGAAGAAAACAAGAUGCUGGACUUCCAAGCAGCCCGUGUCGUCAGUGAAGAUUUUCCGGACGCUGUAACGCCUGUCAGCUCCAGUAAGGCAUGUGACCUUCACAGGGAGCUUGAAGAUGAAGAGAUUCCUUCAUAUAUUGAACAGUUUGAGAGAGAUGUUCAGAAUGACAUAAUUCUGCUUGGCAGCUUUUCACUGGAACAGCACAAGGGAGCUUCUCACCACAAGAAACAAAAGUGGAGAGCCAGGAUUCAUGAACUCUUUCAAAGAGUAGGAAAUCAGCUACUGAAAACAGAGCAGAGUGGAAUUGAAGAAGAAAUGGUAGCUAGCUUUGGUAACCUUACAGAUGUGAAUACUGGAUUAAAUGGAGCAGCAGGACCUCAUGGGAAGGUUGACUGCUCCAAGAUGCCACAGCCACUAGAAAUUCACCUCAGAUGCCUGAGGGGAGUCAAAGAUAAGGUCCCUAAAGGCCUCUACAGUCUCAAAGUUUCUGUCCUCAGCCGCUUAGGUGGUGCCUUGGUGGAGUGGCCUGAACUGGAGGAGCAGCCUCAGGCCAGGACAACACGGCCUGUUAGUCAUGGUGGAAACUUCUACAACACUGAAAUCUACUUUGGACAAAGUAUCCAGACAUUUGUCAACCUACCUCCCCAAGUAACCUCUGACUACACACUAGACACAGGCUCCUAA